UUCUUUACUUUUCACUACGCAGGGUAUUUGCGAUGCCAUAGCCAUGGCCGGGUCGCGGAACUUCACCAGCAUGGUUCAUCCCAAUGCCGUGGUCGCUCGUCGGGAGCUUGAGCGGCAGGAGCAGAGACGUUUGCAGCGCCUUUCAGAGGUGAAGGUAUCGAGCUCCACUGCGAGUGUGACGCGCCGUGCUUGCUCUGCCCCGCGGGUGAGAGAGAGCCGGUCACGGCCCACCUCGGCUGCGAGGCCUAGCUCUGCGCGCCAGGUGUUUGAGGAGGCUGAGGUGUCUCCAGCCGCCCCGUCACGGCCAAAGCUCUCCCCAGACGAGAUCCAGCAGCAGCUCAUCCGGCAGAAGCUGGGGCCGUACCAGGCAGCUGCAGCCUAUGCUGCGGCAGCCGCGAAGGGUACUGUGCGUCAAGAACAACAAGUGCCUGUGUCCUUUCUCACAUCGCCGCAAAAGCGCAUGGAGGAUGCAUGGCUUCAUUUGCCUGCCGCAUCUGAGGAGGAAAGACAGGCGCUCUACGAGGAGUUGCAGGGCUGGUAUUUUUGCCCACCGUCAGCAGAGGCGGAUGCCGAAGAGGCACGCUCGCGGCCGCCUGUGGGGCUUCUAGAGGAAGCUGCAGCAGCUGUGAGGGCAAAAAGCGAGCGAGGAUACCGGCGGCCUCCCAUUCCGAGCUGAGCUGAGUUGUGAAGACUGCUGUGACUGCAUACCCGAACUUGAGGCCAUGCAGAGCCCGUUUUCCUAAGAAAUACCCAGCAUCCAACUCCAGCUGCGGUCAGACGGACAACCUGAAUGGCCCUUUGCCCACCACUGAGCCGGAGAUAGGCAGAGCCUUGAGAUCUAGGAGAUUCACCAAUGUUUCACUUCGGCUGUACAGUCCCGAAAUGAGAGUCAUGCCACAGCAACAAAGCAACACGGCAAAGCAA